AUGGGCCGGCCGUUGUUGGUCUUUGUUUUCGUCGCGUUGCUGGCAGCGGUGGCCGCCAAGAAAGCCGUAAAGCCUCCGCCAGCCCCGUACGCUCCGGAGUGCCGCAUCGACGAGCCGGACCUUUUCAAGGAGGCCGACCCGUCUCAGGUCCCGUGGUUCACCAUCGACCUCGAUGCCCCGGCCAAGACCCGAUAUGCCCAGAUCGCUCGCGUCUACAAGGACCAGAUCCCGCCAGUUCUUGAUGUGUUGCGUCAAAUGGUCGCUAUGAUCGUCGGAGAUCUUCCGCUUUUCGAGGUCCUCGAGUCGUUCUUCCGAGACGCAUUUGAGGGUGGACGCUACCCUCAGCCGUACAGAGAUGAGAUUCAGGGAAUCGCCGAUGCCUCCGGUGUCCCCGUUGAACAAAUCGCGAUGAUGAACGUCUUCUACGAAUUGUCCCGUUAUUGCACAUCCAUCGUUGCCGAGGACGCCACCGGUGGAAUGUGGCAUGGACGUAACCUCGACUUCGGCCAACUCUUUAUCUGGGACGUCAAGGAUCAGUCCUGGGGGCUGACUGAGGCCUUGAAGAAGGUCACCAUCAACCUUAAUUUCAUCAAGAAUGGAAAGCUGAUGUAUAAGGGAACGACUUUUGCUGGACAUACCGGAAUUAUCACUG